AUGGCUGGACCGUCGGUUGAAUUCACAGAAGAAGGGCGAGUCAAACUCGCGAAGUUUCUAGGUUUUGGGCACUGGGUUUGCAUUUUGCCGUCGUUCAUAUGUCUGAUUUUAGCUUUGGUAGUGCAGGUCACGAUAGAGGACAAAAUCGCAUUUAUUGAAAACUACAACGGCGCAGUGUUACCAGGGUUGCUUGUGUUUACGGGGCUCUUUGGAUUGAUAGCACACAUUCUGAGCGGAAAAGCAUUUUACACAAAUAGAUUACUAGACGAAAGGGAAAAAUGGACGCCAUUUCUAAUUCCAGCAAUAUCUGUAACCGCCAUCAUUUUCUUGUUCGAGUUUAUUUCCGGUAUAAUGUGUUUUGUUCACAUCAGCGAUUUGGAGGAAUCUUUUAAUGACGGUAUACGGAAAGCAAUGGCGGCGUACAAGAACGACGCAACGGCAAAGGAACAAGUGGACGUGCUUCAGAUGGCGUACAGCUGCUGCGGAAGUCGCAGCUACCGAGACUGGUUCUCCACAUCCUGGAUCCAUCCGGACUACAUGAAUGCAAAAAAACGGUAUAUCGGAACUACAAGUGACGACGUGCCGUUCAGUUGCUGCAGCACAUCCGUUCUCCGCCCUUGCAUCCACUACGAUGUUCACGAAAACGCGCGUCACUAUAAGUACGACUACCGUACGGGUACGACGCUGAACAGCCUGGGCUGCACGGACCGCCUCAUGGCCUUCUUCGAGGGUUCCGUGCUCACGACGGCCGGGGCGAUUGUCCUCAGCCUGUCUUUUAUACAGCUGGUGUUGGUGAUAGGCGGGCGGCUCCUGCAGACAGGACUAAAGGAAGUGGCGGCGAGCGGAGAGGCGGACGGACCCUCCCUGGGAUACCUCUUCGCGCGCCCCAAGACUGCUAACACCUACAAGGCCUUGGACAUAACCGACCCGGGCACUGAGGAAGACACGACGCUCGACUCGACAUUCGACACGACGGCGGAAACCACGUUCACCCAGGAGGACGAGGGCGGCGAGCGGUACGUAGAUAUUGACGCGCAACAGGAAGUCAUCUACGACGAGAUUGGGGAUCCGUUCUACGAGAACAUACCGCCCUUCCAGGAGCCGCAUGACCUCCUGGGUUCCGAUUCGCAGCAUGAGGAUGCGGAAAUAUACCUGGCGAACAGAUUCGCGACCUCGCGAGAACAGUUCGAACUAUCGCCGGAAAUGUUGACAGAGACAUCGCAAGACAUCGAGGAGUUCUUGCCGCCGCCACCACCACCACCACCGCAACCGCCGCCGUUCCCGAACGCCGCUCAGCCGUCUAUGUCUCGGGUCCGCUCUGGCCACGGUAGUUACAUGUCCAUGAACAUAUCAAACUCUUCCAGUCCACUGAAUCGCCCUGAAAACAAGUAUAUUCAUCAACGUCGCGCACAUUCCGACGUCAAAUUACACCGCCCUUCACAUACUAUAAGCGGUACGACACACCGCUUACACCCGCUUGUUAUUGACUUCUCGUCUGGUCUCGCACAACACAGACGAAACUCGACAUCCCCUCUCUAUCAAGCACCCAGGUCCCCUUAUUCGCGCCACUCAUCGCCCAUGAAGAAACCUUCAUAUGCGCGAGGGAGUUCCAGUGUUCGUGUGUUACCAGAGUACAGAUUCGGACCACGUAUUGGUCACGCUAAAUACUCUCCCCGUCGGAAUUCGUCAAAGAUCUCGGCCUCCGGAUGUGGCUUGAUGUCGUCGUCCGGUCUCGUAACGAGGAACGCACGAUCACUGUCUCCCCGGAGACAUCAUGCUCUACCUUCCCCGGAGAGGAGGAGCUUCAAACACGGCGGCUCAUACGACUGCAACCAUGCGUUUGAAUGA